UGUAAAAGAGCAACGUCCGGAGCCCUUUUCCGAAGUUUCCGAUACGUUUUGGAACCCGGUCAACAUUUUGAUUAGGUGUUCAACAUUUUGAUUUAGUGUUUACAAACCCUGGUAAGAUAUAAUGGAGAGCUGCCAAAGACUGAAUAUCAUAAUUGGAGAAAUGGAAGAGUAGUAGUGCGACUGCAACUCGGGCAAUUCACACCAAGAUGGCGGCCCACCGGAUCAUCAGAGGGACCAACAGUAACCAUGUUCUCCCUCGCUGCAAAUCGGAGGGCACGCUCAUUGACCUCAACGAAGGGCUCUCUGAGGCUAGCCUCACAGAUGUCAAAGUGCCUUCUUCCAGUGCCUUACGGCUGGACAAUUCAGCCUCCCUCGUAACUGCUCGUGAAGUCGUCGCCAUCAAAGAUUACUGCCCGUCUAGCUUUACCACGUUAAAGUUUUCCAAAGGUGACCGGCUUUAUGUGAUGGACACGUCGGGUGGAGAGUGGUGGUAUGCCCACAACAACACAGAGAUGGGCUACAUCCCCUCAGCAUACGUCCAGCCCAUCAACUGUAGAAACUCGUCGCUCAGUGAUAGUGGCAUGAUAGACAAUCUAGGGGAGUGUACAGACGAAGUGGCUAAGGAGCUGGAUCUCCUAGGGGAGUGGACAGGGGUGUCCGUUAAGACCACUCCUUAUUCGCCUUAUUUUAACAGCAACCCCUUCUCUCUCCAUACCUCCUCCACCAACCCCUUUAUCAACAGUGCUCAUCUACGUGGUUCUCUGGACCAGAACUGUAAUGAGAGGGGAAGGUCCACGGACCUGCUCGUCUUUGACUCCCUGGAAUCGUCAGUCUCCCCCUCGGUACCUAACUCUACCUCCAGCAACACCAUGAUCAAUGGCUUCAGUAACUGCAACAUCUUUGAUAUGACGCCAUCCACCAGCCCCAACCAGGACCUACAUGUUUUACAGACACUGCGAAGGGAUAACCCAUUCCUCAGGAGCAAGCGAUCGUACAGUUUAUCAGAGUUGUCCGUCCUACAGACACAAUCCAACCCCCCUUUGCCUUCUUCUGGGUUCUUCACUGGCCUCAAGGCUCCCUCGCCAGAGCAGUUUCAGAGCAGGGAGGAUUUCAGGACUGCGUGGCUAAACCAUCGGAAGCUGGCCAGAUCUUGCCAUGACCUGGACUCUCUGGGGCAGAGCCCUGGUUGGGGACAGACUCAGCCGGUGGAGACCAACAUUGUCUGUAAACUAGACAGUCGUGGAGGGGCCGUUCAGCUUCCAGACACCCAGAUCAGCGUCCAUGUCCCUGAGGGACACGUGGGUCCUGAAGACACCCAGCAGAUCUCCAUGAAGGCCCUACUGGACCCUCCACUGGAGCUGAACAAUGACCACUGCUCCACGGUCAGCCCAGUGGUGGAAAUCAAACUGUCCAACAUGGAUACCAAGUCCUUCAUCACUCUGGAGAUGACUGUGUCCGUGACGGUGAAGAAAGACAGCGGUCAGGUAGCCGAGGUGCUCUGCGUCCGGAGUGACUGCAAGGAGGGACCCUAUAUAAUCAUCCCACAUGCCUACCUAUACAAGGACACAGUACAAGUCCAGUUGGAUAACUUGGAGCCAUGUAUGUACGUGGUGGUAGUGGUGCAGGCCCAGCACGUCAACCUUAAUACAACUGUAUGGGACAAUGUGUUGAAGAAAGUCACCCUGGGUGUCUAUGGGCCCAAGCACAUCCAUCCUUCUUUCAAGACGGUCGUGGCCCUAUUUGGGCAUGACUGUGCCCCUAACACCCUACUGGUGAGUGAGGUGGGGAAGCAGGCCCACUCCGCCCCUCCAGUGGCUCUCACGCUGUGGGGGAAGCAUCAGUUUUUUCUGGGACGGCCCCAGGACCUCCAGGUUGGUCUAUACUCCAACAUGUCUAACUAUAUGAUCAAGGCUAAUGAGCAAGCCCGGAUUAUUCGGGGCUUCCAGGUCAAACUGGGGAAGGUUAGCCGACUCAUUUACAUGAUCACAUCCAACAACCCUGAAGACAUCUCAGACUUCACCUUGCAGGUCCAGGUCAAAGAUUGCCUGGACUGUAUCCUGGCUCAGUUCUGCGUCCAAACACCGCAACCGCCUCCAAAGAGUGGAGCGCGGAACUCCGGCCAAAGGAGGUUCCUGAAGAAGAAAGAGGUGGUGGGUAAGAUUCUUCUGUCACCUCUGGCCAUCACUGCCAAAUAUCCACAGUUUCAGGAGCGCUGCAUCACCAACCUGAAGUUUGGCAAGUUGCUCAAAACUGUGAUCAGGCAAAACAAGAGCACAUACCUGUUGGAAUACAAGAAGGGAGACGUGAUCGCCUUGCUGAGUGAGGAGAAAAUCAAACUACGAGGACAACUGUGGACCAAAGAGUGGUAUAUUGGAUAUUAUCAGGGAAAGACCGGUCUUGUUCACGCGAAAAAUGUUCUGGUUUUGGGGAAAGUCAAGCCUAUUUAUUUCUGUGGUCCGGACCUCACGACUACCGUGCUAGUGGAGGAGAUUCUGAAGCCUUGCAAAUUUCUCACAUACAUCUACGCCUCUGUGAGGACGGUACUCAUGGAGAAUAUAGGGAACUGGAAGGCCUUUGCAGAUGCGCUGGGAUAUGGGAACUUACCUUUGUCUUAUUUCUGUCGGACUGAACCGGACAACGAGCCUGAGAAGGUUGCGUCGGUUCUGGAGAAGCUCAAGGAGGACUGCACUAACAUGGACAUCAAGGAGAGAAAGACCUUCCAGAAGGAACUCAUGACAGCCCUGUUGAAGAUGGACUGCCAGGGUCUGGUGGCCAGGCUGAUCAUGGACUUUGUCCUGCUGACCACGGCCGUGGAGGUGGCCCCGCGCUGGAGGGAGCUGGCUGAGAAGCUGGCCCGGGUAAACAAGCAGCAGAUGGAGCAAUACGAGGCUCCGCACAGGGACAAGAACGGCCUGGUGGACAAUGAGUCAAUGUGGAAGCCAGCCUAUGACUUCCUGCUGACCUGGGCGGCCCAAAUUGGGGACAGCUACCGGGACGUGAUCCAGGAGCUGCACCUGGGCCUGGACCGGAUGAAGAAUCCCAUAACCAAGCGCUGGAAGCACCUCACCGGAACCCUCAUUCUGGUCAACAGCCUAGAUACGUUACGCAGCUCUGCCUUCAGCCCUGUAGGACAGGGGGACUAUGCCAUUUGAUCUGUAACCAGCUACGUCUGAAAUGGCAUCCUAUUCCCUAAAGAGGCUGUGUUUUCACUAAUUGGCCAGCCACAUCAGAUCUUUUCACAUCCGAUCUUUUUCAGAGCUAUUCUGAUUGGUCAAAAGACCAAUUAGUGAACGAAAGAUCAGAAUUGGGCUGCCUGUGUAAAUGCAGGCAUAGUAGGCCACACGUUUUUGGCUGGAGCCUGGUCAGAAGUAAUGCACUAUGUAGGAAAUAGUGAGUCUCAGGAGCAAUCUGAGGGGUGAUUCCUAACUCCCACUUACGUGAAAUGUUAACUUAGUCAUGCAUUGACGUCAGUGGGAGACUAGGUGAGCGUUUGGUUUAACUUGAAGUUAGAGUUCACACCCAGAGAUUUUUGAAUCUAUGUCAGAAAUGGUACCCUAUUCCCUACAUAGUAGUGCACUAGUUUUUGCAAGAACCUGGUCAAAAGUAGUGCGAUAUAUAGGGAAAAGUGUGCCAUUUAGGAUGCAAUCUGAGUCUCUGGAGCUUGGCACUAUGGAUCCAGCAGGACUACUACUGGUCUCCUCCAGCCCUCAGGAUGACCAAUCACCAAUCGGACCUUGACCGUAGCUGUUAUUCCUUGAACUUUCAACUCUUGACCCUGCUCCCAUCCUGUUGCACAGGACUACAAUGCUUUGUAACCAGUAACCACCACUUCACACAGAGCACAUGUUACUGUAGGUCUGUUUCUCUAGCGGGUUAAACACUCAACACUCUCAUUGGAAUUUACAGUAGAUUAUUAUUAAGCCACAAUACUGACGUGAUUUCUAAAGGGUGGUUUUUAAUCUGUAUUGUCUUUUGCUACACCUUUUUUUCUACAGAAAGUGACAUAGCACUCGUUUUUAUUGCUUUCUUUCCCACUAAAUAUAUAGAGAUAUAUUUCAAAUGAAAAAUGUACAGAAACUUGAUUUUUGAAAUGCAUUAUAUUAUACGCAACCUCUUUGGAUUUCUAUUUCUAUCCCCCUUAAGUGUUCCUGUGCUUCAAAUCUCUUUUGGACUGCUCUUUGUACUUUUUGCUUGCCAAAACAGUUAGGUGCUAGCCUAGAUCACAGUUUAUUGUUCUACAUAAAAGACUCAUAAUUUCAGAAUAAACCCCCUUUGGUUUAGUUUCCUCUACGUUCACUUUAGGACAAAAUGCGUGCCACAAAAAGCUGAAUAAUAAUUACAUAAUGUAUCCAACAAGGAUCUUUUCUCUUUGUUUCCUGAAAGUUUAAACGCAGAAUUACCUCACAACAUCGUCUCUUCUUUUCAUUUGUGAACAAUUCUUUUGAGGAAAUAAAUAGGCUGUGAUGGUUUCAAUUGCUUGAUACGCCAUUUUAAAGCUUGUGAACUAGUGAUGCCUUUUUGUCCUUGAUUUGCUCAGAAAUAUAUUUUGGUUGCUGUGUUUUCCAUUUUCAAUGAUACCCUUUAUCAAUCAAAAGCUCAAACUCUGGAGCUUUGAACCUUUAUACAGUCUUUCUCUUUGUGUAACGCUACUGUGUGUUUUCAGUGCAAGAGCUGUGUUUUGUGAAUGCAGAUGAAAUGUCAGUAGUAUUAUUUGCGUAGUUAAAUGGUCACACUGGUCUGUGACGGUACCGAUUGACAAGUUCUGCCCAUCGAUGCCUCCAUUAGUUGUUAUCUUUAUCUGUUGGUUCAUAUUGACUCAAUAAAAUGACUGACAAUUCUAAA